GGUGUUUGAGCUAUGGAGGGAAUUGGCAUAAGGAGUAUGAUGAUACCUUCAACUUCAGCGUGUCACUGUCAAAGGAAAGCAUUUAGACAAAUCUCAAGAACGAUUCUCUCCCAAAGUCGACACUUACGCUCUGGUAUUCGGGCCAAACUCUCUGAUACUCAUUUUCAAGAUUUUCAGCGCUACGCAAAGCCUUCAUACCUUUUGCCAGCCUCUGAAGUGAAAGUGUGCACAAAUUCACUAGUAGAAAAUAUUUUGUCAUUUCCAAAGGAGGACAGAACCAAAUCUUUAUUUAGAGUCAAAUUAGGUACAAGCAACUUAUAUGGAUCAAGUAUAAGUGACUUAAAUGCUGGAAUUCUCCUAUGCUUGAUAGAUGAUGAUGGAAAUUCCAUCUUGCAAAGAAUCCCUGCAAGUUUGAUGAUGGAUCAUUCUACAGAAUCAGAGGAUAUGAAUAUUAUUGACACGCUGCAUUUCCAAAGAGGUUCGGUAGAUGAAUUCAUUUUUGAGGGUCCUAAAAUUGCAAGACUUGAGGCUCUUUGGGUCAGUGUUGAAUCAGGUCAGUGGCGCCUUGGAAGUGUAUCCUUAAUGGUUAUUAGUUAUGAAGGGCAACCGUCAGGGCCGGAAGGUGAUGCACUAAGGUACAUUGGCUGCCAGUAUGACUUUGAGAUUGAUGAUGUAUUGUUUGGUGAGGGAGGUGAUCUGUCCAUGCUGGAAUUAAGACCUAGCCUUGUGACUGAGCUGGAAGGGGUUGAUCCCAUAAGCUUCUUUAACAAAGGGGCCUUGCCCUCAGGUGCUAAGAUCUCAAAUGAAGAGAGCAUGAGGGAAUAUGCAGAUUUGAAGUUUUCAUUGCUAUUUUAUGAUGCUGUGCUUACACUUCUUGGUACAUCUGUUGCUUCUCUCUUACAUGGGGAAAAUGCUGGAAUUGCUUUCUUGAUUGGUGGGAUUGGAGGCUUCUUGUAUCUGCUAUUCUUGCAGAGAUCUGUGGAUGAAUUGCCAGCCUCAGAAUUACUCAACAAUGACAAGGGUGGAACUACUGCAUUGUUCAAAGGAUUGAAGGGUCCAAUAGCAAGCGUGGCAUUGGCUCUAGGCUUUGCUGUAUUUGCAGUGAAGUAUAGCUCAGGAGAUCUUCAAGUGAUGCUAACACCAAAGGAUAUCAUAGUUGGAAUUAUUGGAUUUCUUGCAUGUAAAGUUUCUGUGGUGUUGGCUGCAUUUAAGCCUAUUAACACCAGGUCCCAAGUUACCAAGUGAUAUGUAGCG